AUGUACCUAACGGUUCUACAGGAGCUGGACCUUGGAGGCAACAGUAUAACUGGUGACCCAUCAAACUACCUUAGCUACCUGACAUCGCUCCGGUCGUUGCGGCUUGACAAUAACCCUUUACAGAGUAGUAUCCCAGCAUCUUUGCAGCAACUGACUAAUCUAAGGAAAUUGUCUCUCGCAAGCUGCGACCUCGAUCAGAGUUCAGGGAUAUCAUUUGGCAGGCUGCCCACAUCUUUAGAAUGGCUUAACGUUUAUAAUAACAAACUGUAUGAAGUGCCUCUGGGUAUUGGCUUGCUUCAAAAUUUGACCUAUCUCAACAUGAGAUACUGUAAUCUGAACUCUCUGUCGGUCAACGUCUUCGCCAAUUUAAAGAAACUGGAGGCCCUAGAUCUUAGUCAAAACCCCAGUAUUACUUCAUAUCUUGAUGUUCUUGUCAAUCAAAAGUCGUUAAAGGUUCUAAAACUAUCCAACAUGGGUUCUUCAUUAACAGACAUACCUAAUGCAAUAUCAGGAAUGGAAAAGCUAGAAGAACUUUACUUAAGCAGUAACAGAAUACGAGGAAUAAAUCACGGUCAAUUUGCAAAACUGAUACGGUUAAGAAAACUCAACCUAUACGACAAUAAAAUAGCUUCUCUUGACCCGCUUUCGUUCCAGAAUUGUGACCAUCUGGAGGAACUGGACCUAAGUAAUAAUCUUAUACAUGAAGUGAGCCCGGCCCUUUUUGUUCCUCAGUCCCUAAAGAAUCUUAACCUGGCAGGAAAUAAAUUUGACACUUUUGACAAGUGUACCGUUGCAAACUUACUGGCACAUCUUCAAAAAACCUACACAUCCAUUUCAAGCGACCUUUUCAUUUGCGAUUGUCGUUUGGCCUGGGUUCGAAAACUUUCGGCGGCUUUUGGCUCAAGGGUACGUUUAAGUGGAUCGUGUUAUCUCCCAAGGGAGCUAUACGGUCAAUAUGACGUGUCUUCAUAUAGUCUGAGUGAUUGCAGUUCGGAAGACGAAAGUUUUGAAAGCUGCAACAAUAUCUCAACAACUCCACCAAAUACAACGACGGAACACACGUCCGAGGUUUUGAACGGCUCAUUCGUCAAUUCAGCCCAACUAUCCGGUCUCAAAAAAGACCUUCAAAGCCUUCAAGCUGCCACAAAUGCUGCAGUAUCUGUCGCUGUUGUUGCCCUCCUGGCACUCCUCGCUACUAUCGCCGUGUUGCUGACAUGCUUCUUCAGGCAACGAAACCAACGGCCCUUAAAGUGGAGGGGCCAGGGUCACGUCAAUCAAGGUCUCCAGCUAUCGGAAGGUGUGCAGAGCGAAAGGUCACCUGAAGGUAAAAGUUCUGAAGAUACUGUGUACCAGAACACGACCGAGACGGCCAGCAGAGGCCCAAGUGCUGACUAUGAACCUUUGAGCAACACAGACAGGGUUGGAAACAACAAGGAGGCCAAUACACCUCCGUAG